AUGGCGGACAGAGAAGAAGGACUGAGCGAUGGUAGUGAUAUUGAGGGAGAUUAUGAGGAACAAGAGGAGAAUAUUGCAGAUGUAGAAAGAGAGAUCAUUCGUGGAGAUGUUGAUGAUUGGAUACACAACAUUUUUCAGGAGGACAGCAAUGACGAAGCCGAUUUUUUGGGCUUUCAGAGCGAGUGGACGUCUGAAAAUUUUCAUCCACGUAUUGGAAAUGUCUUCAGAAAAAUCGGUGGCGCAACAGUUGAACAUCCGGAAGAGGCGUCAGCCGGCCAGUACUUCGAGUUAUUUUGGACUAACGAACUUCUAGACAGGUUAGUUCAAGAAACGAACAAUUAUGCACAACAAGAACGCGAGAAAACCCCACCCCCUCCGUUUGCUCCAAAAUGGACGCCCGUUGACAAGUCAGACAUCAAGGCGUUUUUAGCCCUAUGUUUUGCUAUGGGCAUCCUCAGAUUGCCAGACAAAGCUGACUACUGGAGGCAAAACAAAUGGAUGUUUGUAACAAAUUUCAACAGAGUGAUGUCCAGGGACAGAUUUUUCUUGAUCUGGAGAUACCUCCAUGUACAGAAUAAUGAAAUUCAGCCAGACACACCCGACAAAUUGUGGAAGAUCCGUUAUUUAUUGGACUUUCUAAAUAAAAAGUUUGAAGAAAUGUAUGUGCCCUAUGGGAAUGCGACGGUAGAUGAAAGUAUGAUCAAAUUUAAGGGCAGAUUAUCGUUUCGGCAAUACCUACCCGCAAAGCCAGUAAAAUGGGGAGUGAAAGUCUGGGCACUUGCUGAAAGCGAUACCGGAUACUUGAGCAAGUUUCAAGUAUACACAGGGAAAGAAAAUAACCAAGAAAAAGGACUUACUCAUAGAGUUGUAAUGGACCUGUGCCAUCAUUAUUUUGGAUCCAACUUGUGUGUCUACAUGGACAAUUUUUACACAAGUCCGGAACUUCUGAACGACCUUCACAUCAGGGGAAUCAUGGCUUGUGGAACGGUACGUGUGAAUAGAAAAGGUCUUCCUAAACACCUACUACCAAGCAAAGUUGGUCUUCAGAAACAUGAAUUCAAGGUUGCCCAGAAAGACAACCUGACUUACUGUGUAUGGCAGGACACUAAACCAGUGACGGUACUUUCCAACUUCCAUGAUCCAACCCACCGUGGUCAAGUUUCAAGGAGAGCAGCUGAGAAUCGUGUCGUUCAAGUCCCACUCAUGCUGGCUGAUUAUCAAAAGAACAUGAAAGGAGUGGAUCUCUGUGAUCAAAUGGUGGGGUAUUACCAGCUAAACUACAGGUCAAAGAAAUGGUGGCGCCGCAUAUUUUUUUACUUGAUGAUGGCAUCGGCCCAUAACGCAUACAUUGUCGCCAAGGACAUUCACACCCACGCCGCGAGGGAGAGGUGGCCAGGAUUCCAGGACUUUAUCGAGGAACUGGUGGAAGAUCUGAUUGGUGACACCAGGGCUAGAAGGGAGCCACCAAAAGUUGACUGUGGGGGCAGGGCUACUGCCCACGACAUUGUGAAAAUGUUCCCAAAGAACAAGGUGUGUCGUGAAUGUUCACUUUCUGGGCCGCAGGGACAGAGAAAAGGAGUAACAAAAUUUGGGUGCCAGCAGUGUGGUGUUCCAGUGCACUUAGAGUGCAGCUCAAAACAUAUUAUGAGAAUGUUGAACAAGUGA